CAUAACAAUAGAAUCAAUCAUUAUUGACAAAGUGUGCUUUGAGCUUCAAUAUAUUAAUGGCAGUACUGCCAAUAGCACUAGGUUUCAGUUUACUGCAACUAAUGGGGAAUCUCGCAAUUAUAAUAGUUCCAAUGACAGUCUCAGUUAUACUGACUGUGUUACAUUACCAGCUGGUAACUGGACACUGUAUGCUUAUAAUGAAGCUUGUGAGCCAUUUUGCACUCUCAAACCAGCAGUUGUAAUAACUGAUAUCAUUAUCACUAUGAAUGAGAGUAGUAGCAGUAUAGAUAGACCAUAUAGCUCCACUUCUGUGUUUCCAUUGAACUUGCUUACAACAAAUGAAUACAGUUUGAUUAGUGAUAGUACAACUUUUAUUAAUGCUGAAAGUUCAAAUUUGCCAUCGUCUUCCGUUCAAAGUGAACACACAGACUACACUAAUGUUAUUAUUGGGAUUGUCGCUCUGUUUGUAUUAAUGCUAUUUGUGAUCAUAGCCAGUUGCACCAUAGUAACAUUGAUUUUAAUAAAAAGAAAGAGGAACCUAACUAAAUUGAAUGAUGUGAAUAACAGUCAUGCAUAUGUAUCUAAUGAGCUGGAUCAAACACCAUACAAUGGAGUUCACAUCAUUGAAAAUGAACAGAUAGCUGAGACAGAGAUGGUUCAAAAUUUAGCUGGGUUAAAAUAUAUUGACAUAGAGCCAGACCCCAAUGCUCCACCUGUCCCGCCACCAUUUGACCCUGUUAGAACGGUAUAUACUGAAAUAAGGCCAGACGAUGAAAUAUACAAUAAAUUACAUCAUGAUUUCAGUCAUAAGCUGCAAGUUCAAGAUGAUAACACUGGAGUCUACUCUAGAAUGAACCAAUUCACUGAAGGUGUAUAUGAUAAAUCCCAGCAUAAUGGUAACGACAACAUAAAACCAGCAAGGCCAAUAGCAACUCAAGCACAGUAUUCUGCAGUCAAUGUAAAGCAAGCCACUGAGAGCCAAAUACAUGUAUUAGGGCAGUACUCAUUGGUGUCUGUAGAUGAGAGUAUGACUGGAAUUAAUGAUCCUAUUUCAGAGCUACAAGUUACAGAGAGCAUGCCCAGUCAAACAAGCACUGAAAUCCCUCUUGUUGAAAAAGAUUUAACACAUAAAGACCUGUCUAUUUAUGUCAUUCCUUAUCUCACUGAAAAGUGGCGUGAAGUGGGACUGGCAUUAGCACUGACUCCUCCCCAGCUUGACGAUAUAGAGGAGAACAGUCAAGGAAUAAGCGAUGUGUUUCAAUUGUGGGAGGAUCUCGCUACACGUCCAUUUACAUGGAAGACUUUAUUGAACGUACUCAGAUCUUCAAUUGUCAAUGAAUUUAGCUUAGCAAAUCAACUAGAGCACACACUUUAAAUAAAUUUCUUUGAGUGUUUUUAUUCAUCAAUGUUACGUUGGUUUUAAUAUCAGUAA